ACCUGUACUCUCCCGUUGCAAACAGGUAUUGGCCAUCUGAGAAACAAAAAAAGAAAAUGCCUCCUGUCUCUUUCAUUUUCUUUUAUUUGUCCUCUCAGCACAUUCGAGAGAGAAGCUUCCUUCCACCAACUAGGCACAAGACAUCCUGCACAGGCGCCGUACAGGCCACUGUCUAAUCAUGGGGCCGGCGCGCACUGGCCUAUUGAUCCUGGGCGUAUUCGUCGCCUGCAGCUCUGCACAGAAUUUCAAUUUCGGAAAUGAACUCCAGUUCGGGCACUCACCUCGCGUGUGCCGCGAACUCCACGAGCUUGGCCUGGCAGGCGUUCAUCCCAUUCAUCUGGGCGCCUUGACAGGAGGCCGCAAGCUGCAGCGCAGUGGAGUGGAGUCGUCGCGCGUAUGGACCUGGCUCGGCAACCACGGAGGUCGUGGUCUGUGGGGAGGCACCUUGGGCUCUCACCCAUGGCUCAGCCCGGCACACGCCAGGUACGGCGGCCGCUGGGGCGUCCUCAGGACUGGAGCAUGGGUCAUUCACGGCGGACGUCGGUUGUGGAUCCCACUACCAAUGUACGGAUUCGGGCACACAAUUGGCCUUUCCACGGGAGUCCGUAUCGAUAGGCGAGUGACGAGCGGCUUAAAGACUGGAAUCCCACAGGGCCACGUCGGUCCCGUAGGAAGCUUUGAACAAAUGGGGCCAAACUUCGGGCCUGGCCUAGAGGGAAGGUGGGGUUUCCCACGUAGGAGAAUGCGAGGAGGCAGAAGAGGUAGAAGGGGACAAACAGGCCCGUGGGGUCCAGUACAAGGAGGCCCUGGCAUUGAUGAAGCGUUCUUUUCUUGGGAAGAAAACCAGCAAGGGGGAGGACCGUGGGGAGGCAUGAACCAAGGAGGGAGAGGAUUAGGUGCUUCAGGAGGCCAAGGCCUCGGUGGAAGCAUGCGUAGUGAGUCAGCAAAUGCCAGGCAAGGUAGUUCGGGCUCAGGAGGGGAAGGAGUCGGUAGCAGUUCCGGAAGUGAGUUAGACUUAGGAAUCGGCGCCAGCGGUCAGGGACAGCCGGGUGCACAAGGAAGCACGUCGGGCGUGGGAGCGGAAGGUGGCCUCUCUGGUAGUGCGCAGGGAGGCACUAAUGCUGGAACCGGGUCGGGUUUUCUUUCUGGAUUCAAUGGUCAAGACGGCCCAUGGGGCUUAGGACAAGGGAGUGGUGGGGGCUUUGGCGGUAGCUCUGGAGGAAGUGGCCUUUCUGGUUUAGAGGGCAUGGAACGAGGCGGUACUGGUGGUAUGGAGAGUCUAGGCGGGCUUGGCUCUUGGGGAACGCGAAGGCGACGUCGAGGUGGUCGCCGUCGUUACGGGGGUAUUCAAGGAGGAGGAGGAGGAUCUUUCGGAAUGGGAGGCCUAGGGCAAGGUGGACGAAGCAGCUUCGGAAACGGGCUAGAAAGUGGCGGUUCAUCAGGGACAGGAGGCCUAUUCGGAGGCAGUUCUGGUUUUGAGGGCGGACUAGGAGCUGGCUCGUUUGGAGCCGGCGGUCUGUCGGGGAGUGCUAUUGCUGGCUUCGGGAGUGGACUGGGAAGUGGGAGUUCGUGGGGUGAAGGAAGUCUAUCUGGAGGCAGCGAGGAUAUGCAGUCCGGUGGUGGUCUCUUCGGACCAGGUUUCCAGCAGGGAGGAGGAUUCGGUUUGGGUGGCUCGCGAUGGAGUCGAGGUGAUGACUUGUCUGGAUCGUUCGGGGACGACUCUCUUGAUCUCGCAGGGCAAUUUGGCGACGAGAUGGGCGGAAGAAAUUUCGGUUUUGGUGGCAUCAGUGGUGAGCAGUUCGGAGGCAGCGCGGGCUAUGGUGGCCUGUAUUCGGGACUGAGACGUAGAGGUAUCGGUGGCUUGGGGCGUGGAUCAGGUUAUGGUAGUUUCUGGAGCAGUCAAGGCGCAGGAAGUGGCAGUCCAUUCAUAUGGAGAGUGAUAAGGUAUAGUGCUCCGCAACACAGACGGCCAUCGGGGCGUUGGAUCGUUUGGUCGAGCACACCUCAAGGUGGCGGAGGUUUCAAUUAUGGGGACCUGGGCGGCGGCUCUUCGAGCUUCUUCGGUGGAUCGGGAGGAGGUCUUUCGGGGAAUUUUGGCAGCUCAUCUUUCUCUGACGACUCGAGCGGGUCUUCUCGACUUAAGUUGUAAAGACAAAUUCAAGCUCCCUGAAAGACGACGCUCACGCUCCGUGGAACCGAUGCAAUAGCUGCAAUGAACGGUAUAAACGCAGUGCAAUAAAGUUAUUUGCUUUUCAUGGAUUAGAUCCUACUUGACAUUCAAUAAAUGUCAAUAAAUCAAUAAAUGAAAAACUGACACCAA